UAAAUAUAUAUAUCAAGGACACCGCUAAAGUUUCUUCGACUUUUUGGAAAUCUAAUUUAUCUUUUUCUCUCAUCAUGGUUUGCUCGGCAACUACCUCCGACGAACCAUUAACUCCAGCCGGCCGCCUUUUUCUCCAGCCGCAAACAAACGUCGUCAUCCACUGUAUCCUCCGCGGCCAAAACCCUGUUGACGUAGAUGCUACAAAAUCGAGUAUUAAGUCUUCCUUGAUGGUCCAACUCCCCAGAUUUUGCAGCCUUUUAGUUCGUGACAAGAACGGAUUCGAGCACUGGAGAAGAACCCAUAUAGACAUUGACCGGCACGUAAUCGUCAUCCAUAAACGGCUCGAUAGAUCGGGUAAUUUCGUUGACGAAGACGAACCCGAAGGUUCCACCACCGAAGAAGACGAUGAAGCGGCGGUGAACCAGUACGUAGCCGAUUUAUCAGUCAGUUGUCCUUUGAGUAUGGACAAACCCUUGUGGGAAUUACAUCUAUUGACGGCGCACAACUGUGCCGUCUUCAGGAUUCAUCAUGCUCUAGGCGAUGGGAUCUCUUUGAUGUCCAUGUUGAUGGCCAGUUGUCGGCGGAAGGACGAUGCUGAUGCGCUUCCUAGGAUGAUUCCCGACAAGAGACCGGCAAUUAAGGGCGGGAAAGGAAGGGAUUGGUUUUGGUUGUUUGGUGCCUUGUGGUGGUUCUUGAAUAUGGUUCUUCACACUUUGGCGUUUUCAAUGGAGUUUGUGCUUAGGAGUUUCUUGAUUUCCGACGACAAAACGGUGGUUACCGGCGGUGAUGGGGUGGAACUCUGGCCUAGGAAACUGGUGACUGCAAAAUUUUUGCUUGACGACAUGAAGGUGGUCAAAAGGGCUAUUCCCCACAUUACCAUUAAUGAUGUCCUCUUUGGAGUGGUUUCAUACGGGCUCUCAAGAUACUUAGACCAUCGAACACCAAACGCCUUGCAUGAGGGCCUUCGUAUUACAGGGGUAGCCAUGGUUAACAUAAGAGCACAACCAGGGUUGCAGGACCUAUCAAAGUUAAUGAAGAACAAAUCAGACGCACGAUGGGGCAACAAAUUUGGUGUCAUUCUACUUCCAGUUUAUUAUCACAAAAGUCGCAAUGAUCCUUUAGAGUAUUUGAAGAGAGCAAAGGCGACGGUCGACAGGAAGAAACACUCUCUUGAGGCUUAUUUCUCGUACUGGAUCGGGGAUCUUGUGAUGUCGUUGUUAGGACCAAAGUAUGCUUGUAUGCUUAACUACAAACUCCUCUGCAACACAACUUUCACCAUCUCAAACGUUGUUGGCCCUCUAGAGGAAAUUUGCCUUGCAGGCAACCCAAUCUCCAGCAUUAAAGUCAGCACAUCCAGCCUUCCACAGGCGAUAACAAUGCACAUGUUGAGCUAUGCUGGCAAGGCCGAAAUGCAAAUUUUGGUAGCAAAAGAUAUCAUCCCUGACCCAGAGUUUCUAGCUAAAUGCUUUGAAGAUGCCCUACUUGAAAUGAAGGAGGCUGUACUAGGGAGCAAUGAAGCAUAGACAAAAACAGAAAAUUGAACAAGAACAUACACUUUAAUUAAUUCCUGUACAAUAAAAAUUCAUCAAGAAAUUUCUGUACAUUAUGACAUCAAAAUUCCAGUGAAAAGGAAAAGUAAAGUAAAAGGGUUUUUGGUUUGUUUAUUGUGUGUUUUUUAUGUUUUGUGUGUAUAUUUGGUUGUUGGUCAUUUGCCUAGAUAUUGGUGCUUUAUGGAGCACGUGUAGGGUGGUAAAUGUCAGGCGUUG